AUGUCCUACGUCAUCCCGUACCACAACUACUGGAAACGCGCCACUAAUUCUAUCAACUCAAAGACUGUUCAAUUCACCGUCUCAAGUGAUCCCAGAUAUUCUCAAUUUGUAACAAAUCAAGGCUUUGUUCAUUCCAUAGAAGGUGAUAAUGUGGAAGAACAAGUCCCCGAUACACUUGCUGUGCUUGUCGUCUUGACGAUAAUACUGAGUACGACAGAUUUCAACGAUGAAUCAACAUGUGCAAGCAAACUCUACGAGCACGUUUUAGGAUACAUGGUAAUUAUGUCAGGCUGUAUCAUAGUCGAAACAUUCAUUUCGUGGGUCAGUAUGCGAGGAACUAUACUUGUGACUGCUCCAAGGACUUCAAUGCAGUAUCUUUUAUAUGUUAGACUCAGUAUACUCUUCAUUGAAGUUAUUUGGUUAGGAUUUGGUGUAUAUUGGCUGAAACAUAAUUACAGUAGCUGCCCUCAUGGACCUGCAAAGAGUGCCAUUUUAGGAAUUGUGAUAUGCAACUGGAUUGUUCUAGUCAGCGUUUUAGUAACUUUGUGGUGUACAUUUGACGCAGCUGGAAGAACAUGGGUGAAAAUGAAAAGGUAUCAAAGGAGUCUUCGAGCAGAAAGAGGAAGAAAAAUACGCGGUUACUUGAGAUCUGGCAGCAGUCAUAGAAACUGGAGACACCGGAAAGCGAUGAGGGAGUACCAAGACAGUUGGAACCGAAGAUGUCGUCUCCUGUUUUGCUGCAUUGGGCAUUCGGAUCAACAAAGGAAUAAUUUCACGGAUAUUGCGAAGCUGCUUUCGGACUUUUUUCGUGAUUUAGAUGUUGUCCCUUCAGAUGUAAUAGCCGGUCUUGUGCUAUUAAGAAAACUUCAAAAGGCGGAAAGACAAGGCAUCGUGAACAAGCAAGAUGAUGAAACGUACCAGUUUCUCUCAGGCGUUGCAAUAACUCCUGCCACAAAAUUCCUUGACAUUACACACCCUGCUGUUGCUGACCAGGUGCUUACAAUCACACAUUACUUUCACUACGCUUUAGCUGUAUAUGGGUGGCCGAUGUUUAUGAUGAUAAAGAAAACUGGCUGUUGUCAACUGUGUCCUUACAUAAGGUGCUACUGCUUUCAUACUGAUGAAAAGAAAAAAUGUGAUUCUGCUACAAUUGUUGAAGACAACUGCUGCUCAUGUAACUAUGCCGCUCUAAAACGCUUAUGUAGAGAACAUAACAUGGAAAUAAUAUAUGCUACAUAUCAUGUUGAGAUUGGUGAAACGCCAUUUUUUGUUGCUCUGGAUCAUGAAAAAAGGACAGUCGUAAUAUCGAUACGGGGUACUUUAUCCUUACAAGACGUGGUUACUGACUUGAAUGCUGAAGCAGAACAAUUGCCUACAGAGCCUAGACACGAUGACUGGCUUGGACAUAAGGGCAUGGUGCAAGCAGCGGAGUACAUUCGGCAGAAAUUGACGGAUGAAUCAAUACUUGCUCAAGCAUUUAGCCACUGCCCUGAUAAAGGAACGCACAACUAUAAUCUUGUCCUCGUGGGUCACUCCUUAGGCGCUGGAACGGCAGCUAUUUUAGCCAUUUUGUUACGAAAUGAAUAUCCACACCUUAUAUGUUACGCUUAUUCUCCACCUGGAGGUUUACUCAGUCUUCCUGCCGUUGAAUAUACAAAACAGUUUAUUACGUCCGUCGUUCUUGGAAAAGAUGUAGUUCCUCGAAUUGGAUUGCACCAAAUGGAAGCUUUAAGGUCAGAUCUGAUCAAUGCUAUUAAGCGAAGCCAAGAUCCAAAGUGGAAAAUUAUCAUGGGUGGUGUUUUAUGCUGCUGCUCGGAGGAAUUGAACUUUGAUAAUUCUGAUAGCUUCGCUGAUAAAACAAAUUUUCGUGAUGUUUCUACUCAUCCCAGUGAUUCCUCUAUAGCUCUCACGGUGCAUCAGCCAUUGUAUCCACCAGGCAAAAUAAUCCAUAUCGUUCGAAACCAUCCAAAAAAAGAAGACCAAAAAUAUGAGACGAAAUGGAGAAAAAUAGUGAAAAAACAUGAUCCUGUGUACCAAGCAUUGUGGGCUGAAAAUACAGAUUUUGAUGAAGUUUUAAUAUCUCCAGUAAUGGUCCAAGACCACAUGCCAGAUAAAGUUUUAAAUGCUUUGGAAGAGCUUUUGGUGAAUACAGGACCAGCUAAACCGCAGCGACAGUUAUCAGAAACUGAGAGACGACAAUUACUUUCACCUAAUGCUGAAGCAUCAGAACUUGGCUCACGUACUCCACCACAUCGUUUGGUUUUAGAAACAAGUUUCACUGAUCUUCAGCCAGAAAUUGAAGAAGCAACUGUUGCCAAAGAUGACCAUUACCAAUCUAAUCUAAGUUGGGAAUAUAAUAACGCUGUUUCAGCUGUGCUUGAUGAUAAUAAAGAAUGUGAUGGUGAGAAGAAAGAAUGGCUAGCCAUGGCACCACUAGCAUCACCUGAAACUUUAUCAGAUGUUUCAAGCAUUUCUUCCAAAGGAAGUCAGCAGAAGAUAAAUAACGGUAAUCGGCUUUCUUGGGUUGGUGCACCUACCAUGGAACCAAUAGCACAGUCACCAGCAGCCCAGAGGCCUCAUUCUGAUUCUUUAGGAGCUUAUAUGAACAAAGACGCUGUGCAUACAAUGCGAGUAGAUUCGGGAACAGGACUUGAGGAUAAUUUAAACUAUCCGUUAUGUUAUAAGGUUGUGACAGAAGCUACUGUUGAAGUAAAUACACUUCAAGAUAAUUUACGCUCAUCCCAUUUGAUGGAUCCUUCUAGGCUUUGCUUAAAUAUUGAAGGCUUAGAAGGAACCUUACAUUUGGCGAACGGUGAUAGGAGCCAUUUUGGUGGCGAUAGUACUUAUGCAAGCACGAGUACGGAACAAACUAUUGAGAGGCUGUUUACUCCUCAUGAGUCGAAGCGCGUCACGUUUGAUUUAUAUGAAAAUCAGAAAAUUGCGAGAGAAGUCUCGGAAGAUAGCAUGUAUAACUCAGGCGAGUCAUUCGUUCCAACGUAUCCAGAAUACAGCAAUCAGCAAGAGUAUGGCAGCCAUGGUUAUAUGUACACACCUUGUGGUUAUACUAAUUAUAGUCCCGCAUCUUCGCCUACAAUAGAACAUUCCGUGUCAGAUGUGCAGUUGUUCAAAGUUAAUGAUGAACCCCAAGUGCAUAAGUCACGUGAAGAGAGAGACAUUUCAAGUAGACUCGAAACAAAUCCUAUUCAUGAAGAAUUAGUCACAUCUUCUCCUAUAAAAACACAUCAGAGGAACGUUACGUUAGAUAUAAACACAGUGUCACCUCAUUUAUCUCACUGUGAAUAUAAAGAGCCUCCAACAGAAAGCAGUUUAUAGUGAACGGUAUACAGUUAUUAAUCUUAAUUUCAUAAAAGUUUCAUCAAGUUUUCUUCACGUUCUUCCAUCUAAACAGGUCUCUUGACCUUGUGAUACUAUUCAAAGUGUGAAAUGGCUUCUGUGCGCCAUAGUAUGAACACAUGCUUAUUCACAUUUGCAGGGUGAUUUAUUUCUCUUAGAAAGUUUCAAAAGUUAUUUAAACAGUUUUGCGGAGCGUAACAAAAUUGUUAUAUUAAUACCCCUCUUCUUAAUAGCUUCCUUCUCUACGAUAUUUUGCUGAACUUCUGCAUACUUUUUUGUUAUUAUAAUAUUAUAUAAAAAUUCAGUACCUAAGCUUUAAAUCAAGAAAUUUUCCGAUUAAAUAGAGAAAGUCCAAAAGCUACCGCAAAACUAUAAACCGCUUUGUGAUUACACUCCUUUUGAUGUCACUUGAUAUACAGCAUGUCACUGUUUAACGUGCAACACCUCUAUUUUCGCAACCAUUAGUCUUAGAUGCAUGAUUUCAGUUGCAAAAGCAGUCAAAAUAAGUUGCUGAGUUAAGACAUUGAUAAUUUAAAGAGAAAAAGAAAAUUAGUGAAAAAAUACGAAAUCUAACUUUUUAUAUGUACCCUAGAUCCCCUAACUUAUGUUUAGGGAAAAAAAACCAAUCGGAAAAUAAUUCCAACACAAAAAGUUUGAUAUUAGUACUACAAUAUUCACAGAGACAUGAAAUGAAGCACUUUGGGAUUUAAACCUUAACGCUCGCAGUCAGUAACACCUUUCGGCGUAAAUAUAAGGAGGGGAGUAAUAAAAAGGAUUUAAAAUUAUGUGUGCAUCGAGUGUGUUCUUUCAAAUUAAACGAACAUAUAUAUAUAUAUAUACUGACGUUAUGACUAAUUAAGUAUCAUAGGAUAACAUUUGCAUUUUUUUUUUCAGUAGUAAGGGAAAAUAAAAAUAUUUUGCUUUUUUAACUUCAACAACCUGUCAUUUUUCUGAAAUGGCCAUAAGUUUCAAUAUCAUCAUCACAGUCAUUUUUUUAGAAGAUUAUUUCCCUCAAUAUAAGUUAAGGGACCUAGAGUCCGUAUAAAAAGUUUGAUUUCGUAUAUUUUCACUUUUUUAAAAAAAAAGCUUCAAAUUUCAAUAUGUUAUCCUUAUUUUCACCAUUUUUGCAAUUGGAAGUAUGCAUCUAGGGCUAACGGUUGCGAAAACAGAAGUGUUGCAGGUUAAACGGGGACACGCUGUAUAUAUAUAUAAAGGUUUAUGACAGUUUCUUUAUUCCAUUUUUCAUCGUAUGUUGUGCUAAUUAUUAAAAGUAAAUGAUAAAUAUUUUAAUAUACUGUCUGAUUAGAUGUGGCAACAUAUAUCUGACGUAUGACUUAAAUAGAUUAGAGCUUCCAAUAUUUUCUGAAAUACUCAUGAAAGUUUACUAACUUUGUCUUACGUUUAUUCUCAGGAUGUCAUCAUCAUUUUUGUAAUAAUCUCUUUUCAAUCUUAUCUGUUUCUCUCUCAAAAAUUAGUUGCAUAUUUGAAAGAAAACGAAUCCAUUCCAUGUACUCUUUUACAUCCGAAUAAUUGUUAAAACACAGAAAAGUGCUGUUAGAAAUGAAUAUUCACUGAUGAUUUUGUUGAUUUUAAUGUUCAUUGUGGCAGUGGUAAAGGAAUGAUGCGUACCAAGAAAUGUGUGUUUGAGAAAAUCCUUUAUUAACUAGGUCAUAUAAUUACUUGUAACUACACUAAGUUGAAAAGAGGUUGAUCUUCAUUCUCUAUGUACAUAAACGCUUAACUUUGAAUGACAAACCAUAUGGGAAACAUUUCCAGUUUCCUAGUCAUUAUGAAGCAAGUUUGAAAGUUGAUUUCGAUUGGAAUCAAAUUUUAUAAAUAAAUCCAUCUAUUCUAUGUAAAUUUUGACAUAAUUAAAUUCAUUUUUAAGAUGUU